ACUACUACUUUCUGCAGUGUUAUAUACUCCUGCAUUCGACUGAAGAAGCCUAUUGUGCAGGCGAAGCUUUGCGAUUAUGCAUACGAAAGUGCUGCUCAUAUGCUUAUUCUUCAGCAUGUUACUGAAUUACAUCAAUAAUGUGAUGAACGAAGUUAAGGUGUUGAGACAAACGUUUGCAAGUAAUGAAUAUAGUUGAAUUAUAAGUACCAGCUGAUAUACACAAGCCAACGGUGUACUAAUACAGUUUUCUUCCUCAAGAUGGAGGAUCUGUUGCAGGAAGGCGUGGGUAAGGGCGUGCAGCUGCAGGUAAAUCUGGUGCAGGUGGGCGUGUGGGCGGAGGAUAGGGCGGUGCCACUAAUGGUUCAGGGCCAGGCUGGUGGCACCCUACACAAUUUCUGUCAGUGGGCCAGCAACAGACGACCCCCACGCAACGAUUCCUUACAUUGGCACCAUGCAAUGCUGCUUACUGGGAAGGACCUCUUCGAAUCGACUCCGACGUCCCUAGGUGUGACCUACAAGAGCGGCCUGUGCCACCCCCAGCGUGCUUGUUCGGUAGUGGAGGCACGGUCCUUCAAGGCGGUUCACGUGGCCGCCCACGAGGUGGCCCACUCCAUGGGCGUACCCCACGACGGCCAGGACCAGGCCCUUCACUGCCCCGCCCAAGGCUUCCUCAUGGGCCACACACUCAGCGAGGAGUCAUUCAGGUGGUCUAAUUGCUCCAAGGAAGCCUUCGCUGAUCUGUUGAGGAAAGACACAUGUAUGGAGGUCAUCCCGCCAGGACAGACGAGGGUAGCAAACCCCGUGCUGGAUCACACCAUAGGGGGCCUCCCAGGCCAGAGAUACCCAGCCGACGCGCAGUGCCAAAUCGCCUUUGGGAACGAUUACAAAGCCAUGCCGGCCAGCAAGAGUAUCUGUGAGUACCUGAUGUGUACGAAUGGUGUGAUAGGCCAGGGGGCGCACCCGGCCCUGGCCGGCACCGCUUGCGGUAACAACCUCGUCUGUGCCGACGGCAAGUGUCAACAGCCAGAGAACCAAGACACAGCCCCGACUGCACCACCUACCCUGCCACCCGUCACUCCACCUGCCGGGCCACCCGACACUCCGCCCGCCUGGCCACCCAGUACGCCCGCCUGGCCACCCAGUACGCCCACCUGGCCACCCAAUACGCCAACCUGGCCACCCAAUACGCCAACCUGGCCACCCAAUACGCCCACCUGGCCACCCAAUACGCCCAUCUGGCCACCCAAUACGCCCGCCUGGCCACCCAGUAUUCCUACCUGGCCACCCAAUACGCCUGCCUGGCCACCCAAUACGCCUGCCUGGCCACCCAAUACGCCUGCCUGGCCACCCAAUACGCCUGCCUGGCCACCCAAUACGCCUACCUUCCCCAAGGCCUCCAUACCCAAUGCAGUAAACUUGUUACCUGUGCCUCAGCGCUGCGUCCUCCUCCCGCCCUUCCUGCAUGUCUUCAUAGGCUGCAAGUCCUUCUCUAGCGGGGACCAUCUGCCCGCUCCACCCUCUCCUGCUGCCUUGCUCCCAAAGGGUCCAGUAAGAAAUGCACCUACAGUUUUCCCUCCCCGUAGACAUUCUCACCAUUCUCAUCUAGCCCUGCAAAUAUCUGUUCCGGCUUCUCUCAGCACAGCGGCAGCCUCUCCUAGCAGCAUCACAACUCCCAAAACCCCAACGUCUUCAAGCUUCCUUGCAAUUUCCCCGAGCAUCAUAUCUUCUAGUUCUGUUAAAAUUUCUCCCGGUAAUAACGGAAGCUCUCGCAGAACACUGCCUGCUUCUCACAGUCUGGAGGCAGUUACCACUGCCUUGACAGAUGUUGCUUAUCCUUUAAUUGACCACACCAUCGUCAUGAGCUCCAUGCAAGGCGAUGAGCACAACGUGAGAGAUGGAGUAACAGAAACCGACGUGACUGAGGGGAACACGUUUGCAGAUAGAAUUGAAAUGGAAGUCACGGAAAAAUAUUACGAAGGAAAAUCCACAAAUGAAACCGCUGAAAAGGACAUAGGAGGCCAACAAAAAAUGGCAGAUGAACAGGACGCUACAAUUUCUCUGCGAGACUUCGAUGUCUCGGGUUCUGGUCUCCAGUUUAAUGUUCCGUUGCGGUUCCUGGGCAGUUUCUUUGCUCCAUUUUUCUCGCGAAUAACGGAAGAGAAACCCCAGCAACAUACGAGAGCCCUGAGGAACACCACGACACCUUCCGUCACCCUUGACAACACUGAUGCUGGAGGAGCUUCUCUCGGGCAGCGAGACUCUCCAGAAACUGGGCCCAUCAGAGCAGUCUUCCUGCGUGAUGCCUCCCGCCUGCUGCCCAUCCUAGUCUCCAACGCUCCCACCCACACCCGAGCCUUCCACACCAGGCCCUGUACCCGCACCUGUGGUGGUGGUACCCGCCUUGUUACCCAGGUGUGUGUGGAGAUAACUAAGCCAGAUCACCAGUGGAUGAUGCAUUGUGUGAUGGACUCCCCAACUACCAGGCGCCUUACAACGAGACCUGCAACACUUUUCCCUGCCUCGCCCCCAGGUGGGUGUCUGGGGCGUGGAGCGAGUGCUCAGAGUGGUGUGGCGUGGGACUCCAGCACCGUCAGGUCUCCUGCGGCAUGCCCCUCGUUAGAGAUGCUCACCCCUUGACGGCAGGAUACUUGCUGGACCCUGCCAGCUGCGGCAAGCACCAUCAGCCUAGGGAGGCCCAACUCUGCCAGGGCCCCUGUUCACAUGUGGACUGCAGUGUGAAAGACAACGUCCUGCACCCGGCCUGCUACAAGCUACUCCAGGACUCCUCUCUGGAGAAGGACCAUAUUGAUGAGCCCGUUCUGCGAGGCUCCUCACGAACUUAAGCUGGCCGGUCAAAGAUUACCAGACGGAGGUUCAAGCCCUUGUGUUUAGAUCUACAUGGAAUGCAAUACAAUUCAAGAAAAGGAGAACUAGCUUUACCAAAAUCGAUCUCUUUCUUAAGAUUCGUUUUUGAAAAGAAUUCUCAGAUCAAGACGAUUUCAAGUCAUGCACCCCAUAUCCAUACUGGUAAUGGAAGUCAUCCCAUACCCAUCCUGGUAAUGGAAGUCUUCCCAUACCCAUCCUGGUAAUGGAAAUCUUCCCAUACCCAUCCUGGUAAUGGAAAUCUUCACAUACCCAUCCUGGUAAUGGAAAUCUUCCCAUACCCAUCCUGGUUGUUAGGUAAGACACAUAUGCAACAGUUAGGUAUC